UGUCAAAGUUACUGAUCAGGGAUAUCGUGUUAUAUUCACAAAGAAACACGAAUCGUGACUAAACGUACCAUAUGAUAUGCCAGUCUAGGGCAAAAACGGAGAUCCCUGGAAAUACCAGAGGUGGGAUCAGAUGCCUAGGAGGAGUAAGUGUCUUCCCUGCCAAUCAGUUACACCUGCCGUGAGCCUUCCUCAUUGAUCAGGUAAACAGAUACAGAUCUAAUAUAGGGAAUCAUCAUCUUACUCAUGUCAGCAGUAAAACAAGGAGAAAUUCAAAGGUGACUUUUAUUCUGGGUGCUAAAAUGAUUGCCAGAAGGAUGAAUGUAGCAGCUAGCUUGUGCAGAUUCGGAUUUGGUGUCUGGACUCGCUGGGUCCCCAGAAACCAUCCACAGGGUAGGAUUCUGGGGGUAAGAUGUCUGAAUGAAAUACGCCCACAUGAAACUUUUCUUAAAAAUGGAUGGAUGAAGCCACGAUAUGAUGACAAUGAAGAAGUGAGACCAGAAGAGUGUCAAUGGGCAACAAACCCUGGACAGAAAGAGCUUGAAACACUCAUUCAAAUGUUUUCUGAACUAGAGGACAGGAAAAGAAAUAUGUCUGCUUUGAUUCACUUUGAUCACCUUGUCAACACCUGGGCUAAAAAGUCCAGACAUCCAGAGUUUGCAGAAAAAUGGAUGAAAUAUCGUUUACAGAAGAAAAUGAAUAAAAUGCUCAAAGUGUCCUUAAUUCUGGGUUACAUGAAUUCUUUCACAGGCCUUAGUCCCAGCGAAGUGGAUGAAAACCAAAUAUUACAGUGUUAUAGAGAAAUAAAAGACGACAUAAUAUAUGCCGACAGCUCUACAUUUGCAAUGGUGAUUGAACCUUUGUGCAUGACAAGUCAAUACAAAGAUUGCCUCGAGUUGGUGAGAAACUACAAUAAAAGCAUAGAAAAUAUCGCAGCUGUGACCCCAAUAAAUAUAGCCAAUCACCUCCACCAUAUUGUGAAUGCCGCCUUUAGAUACGGUGACAGAGAUGUAAGUGAGGCUCUGAUUGGACAAUACAAAGAUAACCUGACUGUUGGUGUGGUGGACAAACUGUGGGAAGGACUCCUUCACCAGUCAGACAAGCUGCCAGUCGACUAUACGUUAAGACUCCUAGGUAUAAUACAGCACUACUAUCCAUCAACUAGCAGAGUGGAAGAUCUUAAGCAGGCUUUUAUAAUACAGGGAAAACAGCCAAAGAUAACAGAGAGCUUUGUGACUAGAGAUCAAACAUGUGUGAACUGUGGGGCUAAGAUUGGACAAUGUCAUUUUAGUGAGAAAACUUUACAAAGGAUUCAGGCCUCCAUUUUCAAAACUCUGAACAAACAUCACAGUGAAACUUUUCAGACUUUUUUGCAAUUCCUCAAAAGGCAUGGAAAAUUUGAUUAUGUAGUAGAUGGAAUGUGGGUAAUGCACAAAUUCACCGGUGGCAAUGCUUAUACAGAAGCAGAACGGAUGAAGUCUGGAGCACUCAUGAAGGAUUUUUUACUCAGAGAGCUCCCUGGUCAAAAGUUGGUCAUCGGAAGGAAUAUUUUGUUUCAAAUAGUUGGUGAUAUUUUGGAACAUCCUAGUAUAACAAGAUUUCCAGUGAGGUAUAGCAGGGAUGAGAGGAAGAAGACAGCCAGUGGUAUAGAUGAUUUAUUUGUGCUGUAUGCUGCAUUACACAGUCAACCAGAUUCCUACAUUAUCAGUGGGGAUUUCAUGAAGGAUCAUGGGAAGAAACUAGACCCUGAACUACACGGCUUCUACACUAGGUGGAUGUCCUCCAGAACACUACAUCCUAAAUUAUAUUACUCACCCCAAACCAUUCUAAAAUGUCAUAGGCAUUUCACUCCAAAGCCUGUUACAAAGACUGAAAAUGGCUGGCACAUAGUCACUUCAAGUGUACCUGUUCAGAUAAAAAGGCACACAGCCAACAUCAGACCAACACUUUGGUGUGUACAGGAAUAAUUUGUAAAUACACUGUUAACAUGAAAAAGAAAUAAAAGUCAUAGA